GAUGACAUAGACUACGGGACUCGGACUAAUCGUUAGACCAAUGUAAAACUUUUCAUGAUCAAUGAAACUGAUGAUUGGAUGCGUCACUCCAUUCCAAGUACAGUACGAGGAUGCGUCGUCGACGGGCUCUCGCAGUGCUACAUAUGCUCGAAAGGGUAGUUUUCAGUUACUGCAAUAGCAUCCAUUCUCUUCCCCACAUUGCACGCGAUCAUCAUCAUCCUCAUCAUCCUCAGAACCCUCCGCUCCCUUAGCCGCAAGACUACGUCAAAAUGGAUGGCUUUAUCCUCCGCUGCAAUGACCUCCGAUGUCGUGCUCAAACUGAUGGCCGCGCCGUUGUGACUACUUGCAGGUAUUCAUCCUCUUGAUCCCCUUGAACAAACACAUGAUACCGCUCAAGCUGCGGGAUUGGAGUUGCAUUUCCUUAUCUAGCAACCCGAGCCCUGUACCUGUGCUCGGGGGUGUCGGUAAGCUCGGAAAACAGCACCCCGUUCUCCAUAGAGAUUUUCACUCGCGUGGGGCGGGUAGAAAUGGUUUUCCGAUUAUAUUCACCCCGCUCUUGGAGACAUCCAUUCCCCCCUACAUCCUUUAAGUUGGUUUGCUCUUCCUCACCUUUUCUAGUCACAUUUACUGCCUCCCAUGCGCCACUGCCCUCCAGCUUACCGAGCCUCCUCCGAACGGUCAGCGAACUUGUCCGGCCUGUAGCACAGCACUCUCCAAGCCGGAUGAUGCCGUGAUCGCAGUCCUCAAUCCGAGCGACGACUACAAGACUAGUGUUCUCAGUGGACUCAGUCCAAGUAUCAUAAUAGAAAUCUGCACUCGUGGGCUCGCCUUCUGGACCUAUCAAGUGACCCAGGAAAUGUCCGCGUUAGCCCCUCCCCCACUCUCAGGCGAGGGAUUGACCAUAGCAUAGAUUUUAUCAAGAACAUCUCGCAAAAUCCUUACGAGCACGGGGAGCCGAAAUUCAAGGGGAGAACGAGAAGAUUGUGCGUGAUGCUAAUGCCGAAAUCUCUGCGCUGCGUAAUAAAAUUGCUGGAAUGGUGCUUGUUGAGGAUGAGUUAAGAAGGAAAAAUCAUGAGUUGAUGCAAGGAUGGAGAGAGAAAGCAAGGAAGCUAGCACAAACACAGGUGCUCUCGACUCACACUUGCCAUUCCCAAUAAAAGGCCUCGUGCUGACACUGCAUAGGAACUCUAUGACAAGCUCAAACGCCGAACGUUAAUAUCCCAAGUACAACAGGCCGCUGCCGACCAGGCUGAUCAAGCUCUAUAUAUGACCCCUCACCAACCCUCCGACGCCCGGCACUUUCAGGACUCCCUAGGCAAGUCUGCGGGAAACUAUCUCCAUCAAAUCCGGCCAAGCCUGGAGCCCGAAUACACCAUAACUGGUGCGAAGAUUGGGAGCGUUCACGCCCAGAAUGCGGCAGGCCCUGGAGGAAGAACCAGUCAGUCCUUGCAGCGGCCAGGACGGAGACCUGACAAUAGCGGGGGCAUGUUUUUUAAUGGUAGGUAUUCGCUCUUUCCACUCCAUUCACCUAACACCCCUUAACCAUUGAGUAGAUCAAAUUCCCUUCCCGUCAACUCCUAUCGCUAGCCACGAGCACCGUCAACGCUUGAAUAUCCAAUCUACAGCUAUACGAUUCCCCGGUAUACAGAACGAGUACGGUAGACCACCUUUGAGAGGGCUUAAUGAGAAUACUCGGGGUGGGCGGAUGGGAGAUGGGGGCAAGAAUAGAAGGCUUGAGGUGGACGAAAAUGGGAGGGUUGUUCUCGAUUAACAUUGAUAAGGAAAUCUUUUUCCCUCGCCCCGAUGACGGCGAUGAUGCUGGUGAUGUUUGGACACCGGUUUGGUCAGCUUUAUGACACUGGUCAACCGUUUCUUUCUUUCUUUUUUCAUUUUUCGGUUAAAAGAAAUGGAUCAUGAGGAAGGGGAUUUGAAGCAGAUGGUGCUAUUCUUGAAUUAAUUUCUAUGGGAGGGGAAAUACCAACGACAAUCCAUACA